GGGCGCCGAGCCCUGGGAAGCUGUUGUUUCCCGAGAGGGGCAGAGUCCCCUCGGCUGGGCUGUGCUGGGAUGGGGAGGGAAUGCCACCGCCCGGGUGUGACAGUCAGGUGAUCCCACAGCCAGGAGCUGUCCCUGGCUCAGGAUGGCUGCAGAGCCCUCGCCAGCUGCCCCUGCUGUCCCGGGAGCUGGCACAGCCUGUCCCUGGCACAGGGAAACUCCCCCAAACCCUCUCAGCUUUCCUACGUGCCACCUCUGCCUGCUGGCAUUUGAUGUCACAGCGGGUCCGGCCGGUCACCUGAGCUGCCUCCUCCCCAUCCCGCCGUUUCUCUUUCCCUUCCCUGUGGCUUUGUGCCGUUUUUUCCCCCUCUGCGAGCUGAUGUCUUUCUUUUCCCACUUCCGUAGCUACGAACACCCACAUGCCUUAUCUCCUUCCCCCAUCCCAUCCUGGAGCCUAUUUAUACAGAGCCUGGCUCCUGCCCAGCCUGCCAGCGACGCCGCAGGAGCGGGACGGGGCUGGCGGCGCCCGCAGCCCAACAUGCUCUGGGCUGCUCGGGGAUGUUUCCUGCUCUGGCUGCUCUCGGCCAUCCUCAGAGCCGGGGCUAGCCCGGAGGCGAGGCCCAGCCCCGCGCUGUGCCAGCAGCUUUUCCUCUGUUUUCCUGCCUUCGAGCUCCUUUGAGGUGGUCCCCUACAUCCAGAUGCUCCCAGAUCCCUGCCGUGCCUGAGGUGCUCAGAGGAUGGAGUGCAGGGAUUCCCGUGGAUGUUGGUGAGGCAGUUGGGAGCCUGGAUGGGGAACAGCAGGUUUCUGUCACCCCAGAAAGAAAUCAGCUGCUCCCCAUCCAGGUUCCCAGCUCCAGAGGAAACCAGGGCGAGAGGAAAGGUAGAGCCCACACAGCACCCUUGCUCUGCCUAAACAGGGAUGCUCUGGACCAGCUGGGCUUGGGAAGGGGGAGCAGUGCUCAUUCCCGCUUCUCGUGCCCAUCUUGGCCAGCUGCUGGCUCACCUGGAGCUGUGGUUUGUAGCCCCCCCUCAUUCCCACCUUUCCUGUCUCUCCACAGAGCCCCAUGAAGGUGUCUUGCAAAGGAGUUGGCCUACGGAAGUUUCCCAAGGAGCUUGGCCAAGGAAUUAAGUACCUUGAACUCUCCAACAACUUCAUUCAAAACCUGUCAGGCAGCACCAUGCCAGGAUUUGGGCAGCUGGAGUACCUGGAUGUGUGCUUCAACCAGCUGGAAGCUGUGUCAGCCACCGCCCUGGCUCGGCUGCCUCGGCUGCACUCGCUCCUCCUGGGAUCGAACCACCUGGACCGGAAUUACUUGGCUAACGGGGAAGCUUUCCAUCUGCUCAGGAAUAUAGAGGUCCUGGACUUGUCUGUGAAUAACCUGGAGAGCCACAUGGCCAGCUGGUACAUCAGCAACCUCACCAGCCUGAGGGUGCUAGAUCUCUCCGGGAACACGAUGACCAAGCUGCUGGCAGGAACCUUCCGGAGCUCACCGCGGCUGCGCCAGCUCGACCUCAGCAACAACUACAUCAUGGAGAUCCAGGAGGGAGCUUUCGAGCCUCUGGAAGAGCUGGAGGUGCUGAACUUGGCUUUGAAUUCCCUGCACUGUAUCUCUGGCUUCAGCCUCACGCAGCUGCGAGUUUUAAACCUCAGCCACAACGCCCUGGAGCUGUUCUCCUCCGAGGAGGGAGCGCAGCCCUACCUGCUCCGAAUGCUCGACUUGAGCCAUAACAGACUCCUCUCGUUCCCAGAGCUCCCCAAAGCCCAUGAUCUCACACACUUAAACCUCUCCAACAACCUCAUUGCUUCCCUGCUCCCAGGCUCACCCCAUCCCAGGGAGUUCGUCCUGCUCUACAAGGAGAUGCAGAGGUUCAACAGGACGGUGCAUCCCACGGCCGCUCUGCCACACGUGGCUGACCUGGAUCUCAGCAACAACCGCCUGGAGCUGUUCCCAUUUUCCUUCUUCCACAGCCUGGGCACCCUGCACAGCCUCAGCCUGGCGAGGAACUGUCUCCGGGAUGUGGUCAGGGAGUUUGUCUCCAAUGGCACGGAGCUGUCCGUGCGCUCGCUGGACCUCCACAGCAACGCCCUCCGCGUGCUGCCACGCUGGUUCUUCGAUUCCCUGCCUCACCUGGAAUCCAUGGAUCUGGGCUCCAACAGCCUUCAGCCUUGUGAGAGCCAGGUGAGUGACCAGGGAAGGGAUUUGGGAGUGGAUUCUCACACGUCAGCCCCCGGAGACACCUGCACCCCCUUCUACAACGUGCCUCACUUGAAGCACCUGAGCCUGUCCAAGAACAACAUCUCCAGGCUGCAGCCCUACGCCUUCAACCAGACCCUGCUGCAUUCCCUGGACCUGUCAGGAAACAGGGACUUGUCCAUACCCACGGGAGCGCUGGGGGGCUUGGAGCUGUCCCUGCAGGAGCUCUCUCUGAGGGACAACCUGAUGGGCGAGAGCCAGGCAGCGCUGCCCUGCCUGGGCACGCUCCGAGUGCUGGACCUGUCGGGCAACCGCCUGAACCUGCUGCCCUCGGGGCUUUCCUGCUCCCCGCUGGAGAGCCUGGACAUUCGGGAUAACAACCUGCAGACCUUGGGAAAGCUCGGGAGCUGGUCCCACAGCCUGAGGGCCGUGUCCGUGGCGGGGAACCCCUGGAGCUGCUGCUCGCUGGGCUGGCUGGACGCGCUCCGUGCCGCCAGCGUGGCCGUGCUGGACCUGCCCCAAGCUUGCUGUGCCUUCCAGGAGCACGGCCGGAAUAUCUCAGCCAGGAUCACCGGCACUCCCCACUGGAUCUGUCCCCAGCCCAAGGGCACUGCCUCCCUGGCUCUGCUCGUGGCCCUGAUGGGCCUUUCCCUCCUCGGUGCCUGGGCUUUCUGCCUCCUGAGGAAAGGGCAGAAGGCUCCGGAAUGUGCAGGACUCGGGAGCAACAGGGUGGGAGUCUCCCAGCCCCAUCCCAAAGGAGAGGGGCCAGCCGAGGAGAGGCCACCUGACAGGGUCACCAAAGUGUAGCCCAGACCUGCAGCCCUGGGUCAGAACUCUAAUUGUUAUUAAUAAUAUUAAUAUUAAUAAUAUUAUUGUGGUUUAGGUCUCACUGGUACCUGCGGGAUUUGCGAACCCAGUGGCGGGAGCGUGGAGGGUGCUGAGCUCUGAGCCACCUCCCCUUCUCCGGAAGGGAGAUUCCCCCAUCCCCUCUGAUCCCUGUCAGGAAUUAAACAUGGGAUAUGGGGUGCCAUCACACAUUCCCAUCACUCAGCACAAGAAGCCAAGCCCUGGGCUGGCUGCACUGAUCACCCGCCUUCCUCCACAUCACGCUCAGCUGGAUGGGAAUUGUCUCCAUUGGGGCCACCUGGCUGUUUCCCAGCUUGCCCAGUAGCCCCUUUAAGAAGGUUUAAUAGCUAUACUAAAUCCCUGCUGCUGCUCCUGAAGCAUUCCCUUUUCCAGGAAGAAGCAGCCAGGGAAUGGGAAUGAGAGUGGGAAUGGUGCUUGGUGGUGGCUCACAGUGCUGGAGAAGGGAGGGGGGGGAUCUCUGGGACUCUGCCCAUCUCUCUGCUGCCUUUCCCUGCUGCAGAUGCUGGGAGGAAUUCCACCCUGUCCUCACGCACUGGGACAGCGGGAAUGGGACAAGUGGGAGUCUGUGCUGUCCCUGGCUGGCGCAAGAUGCCCCACCCUCAGUGCCAGGACCCCCGAAGUGACAGUGGCAGAGGCAGCUGGUCCCAGCACGGGGUCAGUGCUGCCCAAGUUGUGGUCCUGGAUGGAUUUGGCACCCUCUGAACACCCCCCAAAGCCAGAGAUGAUCCAGGGGCUCAGACCCCAGCUCGGGAAGGCAGCAAGAGGAGGUGUUGAUUGGGAUUGUCACUGUGUGGUGUUGUCCAUCUGUCCCUUGAGUGACCUGUCCAGCUUCCCAGGGUAGAGUGGGAGCACCUGAAGGGCUGGGCCAGCUCCAGGAAGUAUAAAACUGAGGCUGCAGUGAACUCUAGCGUUUCACAUCCAUUUGGUUCCACCUCGGAAGUCCCCAGCUGGGCCCAGUCACCUCCACACACACCUGGUGGGUUGGAGCUGUGGGAACAAAAGGGUUUGGAAGUUACUUAAAAUCCCAAUUACUUCAUUUUCUUCCUUUUUUUUUUUUCUUUCAAGCUUAUCAUGGUUUUACUGGGAAGCAAAUAGGGCAUUUUUGGUGUCAGAUAUGUCAGGGCUUCAGCUUCCUGUCCUUUGCUGGGCACCCAGCUCCAGGACCCAUGGUGACUUUGGUGGCCCCCACAUUUCCACCCCUGCCGGCUCCGUCCCCAGUGCUGUCCGCAGCUGCCGUCCCUGGGGAGCUGCAGCCAGCUGGGCUCUGGGCAUGGAGUGUCCCAGGAGCUGCUGUGCCCACCUGGGGCUUCUCCCCAGCACUGUGUCCCCUGUCCUCGGGUGGCACCUGAGCUCCCUGGGGCAGGAACCUGCUGUCCCAGUGUCCCCAGGUGAGCUCAGACUGUCCCUGGGGCAGGGAUUUGCUUUUCCAGUGCCCCCCAAGUGCUGGGACAGCAGGUGGAUGAGCUCAGCACAUCCCUGAUGCCGUGCCAGCCUCCUGCCCCAGCACUCGGUGACAUUGCAGGGACACUUCAGGGCCCAAAGUGCCUUCACUGGGUGUUUCUGGUGCAUUUCUGUGGCCUCUGCUCCUCGUUUAACCCCUCCCCAGGCCGAGCUUCCCACUCGUGUCACCAGGAGAUGUCCUGCCCUUUGUGCUGCCGCUCCCACCGGCAUCUUCCUCGCGUUAGGCUCGGAGCUGGGGACGGGCGGGGACACCACGUACCACCGGGUGCUCAGGGACACCAUGUGCUGCCGGCACUCGGUGCCAGGCGCUGCCUCGGGCAUCCUGAGUGUCCCCAGCCGUGUUUAUCCAGUGUCGUGUCCCCGCGGAGCAGCAGCUGGCGGGGGUUGACCCCUUCGGGGCAGUGGCACUUGGGGACAGCAGCUGCUGAUCCGGAAGUUUCUCUGGGGAUUGAAGCAUCUGCUGAAAAAUGUACUAAAAAUAGAGGGAGGAGAAUCCUGGGGCUGAUUUCUCCCCACAGAAAAGGCUCCCUAAUAACUGGACUCGAUCUUAGAGGAUUUUUCCAACCCUAAGGAUUGUGUAAAGCCCAGGGUAAGGGGGGAAGAGGUGGAACUUCCCAGACCAAGGAGGGGCUGUGAAGGUGUGGAAAAUGAGCCAGGGCAAUGGUGUUGGGUUAUCACUGUUGUUGAUGUCCGUGUGCUUUCCCAGCUCAAAGAAAAACGGGAUUCCAGGUUGUGGUUGCAUGGAUUUGCCAAGAAUUGAAUCCGAGGGCAAUGUCCCCUUCUCCCAGCCCCAGGAACAGCUUGGCCAGCAGCAGGGCAUGGGGUGAGCCUGUGUUGGCCCAGGGGACAACGAGGUGGCACGAAAGCACAUUUGUGUCCCCAGAACCAGCACGAGGCCAAGAGAAAUCCGGGGUCUGUCCUGAGUUCUGCACUGCUCCUCAUCCGGAGCUUCCCGUGCUUUAGGCGAAAUGGUUUCCCUAUCCCAGGCAUGUCUUGGCAUCUCCAGUGUUUUCUUGAUCCAAAAGGAGGGCAGAAGAUCUGUAGAAUAUUAAAUUUUGAACAAAUAAAGCGGCGAUGCCAAAAAUGUUGCAUUUUCAUGUCAGGCUGGAGGGUGGCGGGAGUGUAAAUUUUGGUCUGACAAAAAAAGCAGCAGUGAUUAAAAUGUUGUGACCAUUGACAAA